GCACUUCUGCCGUGACGUACACAUUCCGCGACAGUCCAUCCGAAGGCGUCAUGGCGGCUCCUAACGAGAAGAAGCGUGGUCUUGAACAUUUGGACGAAUAUGAACCUAAACCAGCGAAACACCUCCGCAGCCUGCACGACCGUAUGGCAGAGAGGAGACUGGUUGUUAUUCUGGAGGGAGCCUCGUUAGAAACAGUGAAGGUCGGAAAAACCUUUGAGCUGUUAAACUGUGACCAACACAAAAAUAUUAUUGUCAAAAGUGGGAGAAAUCCAGGACAUAUAAGACCAGACAUCACACACCAGUGUCUGCUCAUGCUGAUGGACAGUCCACUGAACAGGGCAGGCCUGCUGCAGGUUUACAUCCACACAGAGAAAAACGCCUUAAUAGAGAUCAACCCACAGACCCGCAUCCCAAGAACCUUCACUCGUUUCUGUGGCCUUAUGGUUCAGCUGCUGCACAAGCUGAGUGUCAGGGCCGCUGAUGGUCCUCAGAAGCUUCUGAGGAUGAUUAAAAACCCUGUGUCUGACCACCUGCCUCCCGGCUGCCCCCGCAUAUCCACCUCCUUCUCUGCUGGGGAGGCCGUCUGUCCCCGGACUUUGGUGCCAGAGGGACCGGCUGCGGUGGUGAUUGGAGCUUUUGCACACGGAGCGGUGAAUGUGGACUACACAGAGAAGACGGUCUCCAUCAGUAACUACCCCCUCUCUGGGGCACUGACCUGUGCCAAGAUAUGCUCUGCCUUCGAGGAAGUCUGGGGUGUCCUGUGACAGACAGUCAAUAAACUAUUGGUAUUGACCCGACAGAGACAGCAGAGUACAUUGACUUUUUUUAAUGGACUAGGAAUGGAUAUGAUGUCCAUUUCACCAGUGCUGCCGCGUGAACUACAGACGUGUCCUGUUAUACACUGUAUGUGUAUACCUAUAUGAUGGUGUUUGGAAACCAUGUGGAAUAUAAAAAGAUUUCUAUUUCCUUUUCAUGUAGAAGCAUGUUUUUAUAUUUUUAUGAAUUGCACCAAUUACUGGGUUUUGGAUUAUCAAUCAAUACAGUUA